AUCGGCGGCAUCCUCGUUGUAAGACAAGACAACAAUAUCGCUCCUCCACUGAUCUUAUCCCUCUCCCCUCCCUUUCCCCCUCCUCGUAAUACGAGAGGUCGAUGACCCUGGUUGCGAGGCACGCCAUGGAUCGCAACGUGUUAUUUAGUAGUACAGUAGGCAAUCUUGUAUCUACCUACUUACUAUUACCUUCUCUACUCGCUUGCCUACCUCAUACUACAUACCUACAUAUCUACCUGAUAUCCUGCGCAUCCUGCCACACACGCAACCAUGCCAACCCGUACCAACCGGGCGCAGCAGACCAUCUUCACGCGGCCCUUCCCCGCGGCGGUCGUGUACGACCUCUCGCUCUCUUCGUCAAGCGACGGCACCACUGCCAUCCGCGUGCCGCCGGGCUCGACCUGGUCCUCGGGCGCCCACUGGCACGAGGCGCACGUCGAGUUUCUGGAAGUAGUGGCGGGGCGGGCGCGCGUCACGCUCGGGGGCGGCGGUGACAGUCGAACGCCAGGAAGUGGAGGGGCGACGGUGACGGAAGUCGGGCCCCGAGACGGCGUGGUGAGGGUGCCCAGGGGGGUGGUGCACGAGUGGAGGAGGGCUCGGGUGGGGAGGAGGAAGGGGGUGAGCAGAGAGGAAGAGGAGGGGGCGGAAGAAAGAGAAGGGAGGGAGGCGGAGGAGGGUGGCGACGACGGGGUGCGGAAGAGGCGCACGAGGCGAGCGGUAGAAGGACCGAAAGGGGCCCAGGACGAGGGAGCCGAAGACGAAGCUGAAUGGGAGGCCGAGCUCGUCGUACGCGAGUGGACGGAGCCGCGGGACGGCGCGAAGGCGGUGUUCUUCCGGAACCUAAACGGGCUCAUCCUCGACGCGUCGCGGGAUGGCCCCAGCGGCAGCGACAGCGACAACGAAGGUGACAGCGGGAGCGGGAGCGGGAGGGGCGGGCGAUGGCUGAGCCUGCUCCUGACGCUGGAACUGUGGAUCCUCUUCUGGCGCGCCGACAACUACCCCGUCGUCCUCCUCCCCGCCUGGGACGCCUGGGCAGCGGGCGCCCGCAUCCUGGCCACGAAGACACUGAUGCGCGCCGCCGUCGCGCUCGGAUGGGUGCUCGGGUGUCGCGGGGUGUACGAGGAGUACGGUCCUUAGGAGGAGUGGAGAGAAAGGGGGGAUUGGGGCGUCGGCUACAACACGAAGAGAACUGUGCGGAUCUUAGUCCGCGUUUGAUUGCAUGUCAUUUUCAACGGAACUAAUUAAGGCCGUCUGUAAG